CAACUUCUCGGCGUUUGGAUACAAAAUCAUUUGAUAGCUUGGGUGUUGUUGGGUUGUUGUUGUUCAUGAUGAAGCUUGUUGGCUGAUCUUUGUUGGUCCCCAAAUUCUGUGUUAUUGACGCGGGAAAUAUGGCGACUUGAUAUCGUGUUCGACAUGCUGGCCACACAAUCAACCGUUACUUACGAGCUGCCCGCCGCUGAAAUGGCCCGACCAAAAACAUUUUCUCAUCAGCAGGGCCACAGCACUUUGGCAAUUUUGACUAACAUUGGAGAUCACUACCCUGUCAUUUCUGAUGUCGGUUACCAUGUCAACAAGAAUGCGGCUGCUGCCCCUCUCAGUCUCAAGAAGGGCAGCAGGCCCAUGCACAGAACUACAUUCACUUUGGAAAAGAACCCCUCCCAGCCAGAAUUCAUCACUUCUUCAAAAUUGUCAUUUGGUGGCAGCAAGCAUUUAGCCCCCGGCUGUCGCCCAUUACCAUUCCCUAGUCUUCAUGAAUCUCAAUUCAAUUUUCACCACAUCGGUUCGCGACCUAACCACAGCAUGGCAUUUGACACGCACUAUAAGAGGACGUAUCAUGAAAAGGAUGUUAUACCUGCUAAUCGUCUCCAUCUAGUUUCUGUGGAGAACUGUGUCAAUAUGAACGACGGAGGGGGAAUGCGACGCGUCCACAAGUACCCAGACUUCAAACCCAACUACUGGUCACAGUAUGAUAGGAUACACAGCACAUUAGGCCGGAUGCUUGGGCCUGGGGUGCCGCGAGAAAGGCCUGUCAGGCAACACUUCCAUGUGCUUACAGGAGAGCUUAGAAGUCCUGCCUGGUCUGAAGAGAACCGACGAAUAUCUGGCAACCGUGUGUUAUCGGCUGCUCGAGGUGACGAAUCAAGUCAGUUCGUACUGGGAUGAUCGCACUGCCACCUGGUGAUAGAAAGUGAAACUCGAAGAAAGCUUUACUCUGUGCACAAACUUUAUGUUCUGAGCAAAACUGAUGUAAUAAUUAUUCACCCGAUCAAGAUUUAAUGCCAUUUAAGCACCCUACAAACAAUAAAUUGUUUAUCACUGCAAUGUGUGACAGUUAUUGCUGAGAGGUUGUCUGCAGGGAAAAUCAGUAAUCGCUGGCUUUGUGGUUGCAGGCACCUGCGAUGACCAUCGUUUACGAGAAAUGUUUGUCACUUGCAAUCAAAAUUGCUUGUUUACUGGGGAGACUUUAGGUUAGAACGACUUGCUAUUCCUCGUCAUAGUGCAGUUGAAAACCAUGUGAAUCAAUAGAUCAUGAAAUAAGAUGAUGCUUUCCAACUUGUCUGUGAUAUGUGUUCGUGACUGUAUAUAGGUGCUGUGUCUGUGAUAACCUAGUAGCAGUUGUGACUGUAUAUAGGUGCUGUGUAUGUGAUAACCUAGUGGCAGUUGUGACUGUAUAUAGGUGCUGUGUCUGUGAUAACCUAGUGG